AUUUCCUAACUGUUUCUAACCACGAAACUGUCACUUUUUGACACUAUAAUUUCUUUUUUUUAUUGAGGGCCAGUUGUUCUAACUUCUUGAUAAACUUAUCUAUCAGCGACAUUUUUUUUCUUAUGGAUUCGUGUUUUAGACAUGAAAAUGAACAAUAUUGCAAAGUUUGAGCAAAAUCAAAGAAGACGGGGCUCUCUCUUAGUUUUACCGUAAUUCGUACAGACUAUAGUGACCAUGGCCAAGGAACGCGGUGUCCUGAGGAUACUCUGGAAUAGUUUCGUAUCUUCGCUGAAGCCCCGCUUCGCUCGCCGCAAGUUGAUCGGAAAGGAUUACUACGGUACAAAGUACUACGAGGAGGAGAUUCUAUCAUCUGCUCGGAAAAGGCCACCGCGAUAUUUCGUGCCAGUGAACAAGGACGAUUUUGAGCAGGAGUUACCUGCGGAAUGGGAGGCUUGGUUGAGAUAUCGGCGGAAAGAGCCACCUACACAGGAGGAAAUAGAGAAAAAUUAUCAAUUGGCAAUGACCAAAAAGAAUGCGACAAAACGUUUGCAGGGAAACUGUUCUAAAAGCGAGGACAAUGCAGAUCUUCCAGUUUCGUCCACCUCCCAGGCAGCUAAUCCAGGAAAUUUUCCAGUUUAUGAAGAUUAUAAGGGUUUUGGUAAUAAUUACAAACCAAAGGAUUCGUACAAAUAAACAAUGGAAUGUCAUACUUAGCAGCAUUUCUAGAGUCAAGUUACAAUUAUUUUCUAUUUAUAAUAAAGAACUUAACUGAAUUCUUGAGAAAUGGUUUAAAAAAUUGAUAAAGACGCAUAUUCUGAAAAUUAUUAGGGAGUUUGAGGUUUUAACCUUGGUUAGAACGAUAUAUAUUUUCCACAAUAAAUUCUUUCAAGAUUUCCUAGUCUUUUUGCAUAAUCCAAAAAUUUGAUUAAAUUUUGAAGAUAAUAAACUCAUGAUUAACAUAUAAGUAUUCCAGAAUUUAAAGAAUUUUUGACUUAGUUUUUAAAUAAAUGUUUAAAAUAGUAUUGAGUCUUAUGUGAAAACAAAUUUUAAGUAAUUUAAUUGUAAACAAAAUAUAAAUUUGAAAAAAAUAUAUUUAUAAGAAUAAAGUUUAUAAAGAAUAUUUGGAAUUAAAAAAAUUAAGUUUUACCGAUAUGAAAUGUUCAAUUAUAUAAUCACUAAAUAACAUGAAUCAUAUAAUCUCUUUAAAUAUAAUGCCACAUUAAACAUGGUAACGUUUCUUAUUAGAUUAAAACCAUUGUUAUAAAAUAAUUAUGUUUCCAUUUUAUCCAUGUGAAUUAAUAUUAUAAAUAUUAAGUAGCAAAUUAUCAACUUUAUUAUUUAAUUUUAUUUAUUUUGAAGAUAGCAACGUCAAAAGCUCUCAUGUUAAAAGAUAUAUAUGAAAUAUAAAUAAAAAAUCACAUCUUUUUAUGGAAA